AUGGAGGAAAGAUUUAAUAAUGAAAGUUUAGAAGAGUUUUUAAAUAGACCUGGGGAUUAUGAAAAUGAAAGACGAAAUAGUAAUAGUAGUGGUGGAAGAAGAAGAAGAAGAAGAGGAGGAGCAAAUACAACGUCAAUAAUAGUUGGUGGGGUUGGUGACGGUGAAAAUCAAAUGUCGCCAUUGACACAAGGUAUUACAGUUGAAGGUUUUAUAGAUAUCGAAAAUGAUAGUUUUUCAUCUCUUUCAGAUUACUCAGAGAAUGAUAAUGAUCAAGAAAUCAGCUCUGACCAAAGUUUUGACAGUGAUUCAGAUUUGGACAUUGAUUUUACAGCUUCACCAGAUAGCGAAAUAAAGCCAAUAGGGAUGGAUAACUCAUUCUAUUCAAUUCACAACAAUGUUUUUUCAAAUACUUUUGCAGGUGGCGAAUUAACAGAUAAGCAAAAACAUUAUCAACAAGAUCACAUUGAUAUUAUAUCAAAUUUACCAUUCGAAGUUUUGGCAUAUAUAUUUCAAUCAUUAGAUGUUCGUACAUUAUUAAACAUUUCAUUAGUUUCAAAGCUAUUUUACACGGUUGAAAAUUCAUAUUCAAUUUGGAGACCAAAAUGUAGAACAUUUAAUAUUUAUAAUAGGGAUAUAUUUACAAUGGAACAAUCUACUUUUUAUACAACAACACCAAAAAUAUUUAAUAAUAGUCAAGAUAGAGAUACUACUACAACUACCACAACUACAUCAACAAGCCCAAAUGGUUACGAAUCACCACCAAUCUUAUCAAAUAACUCAACAACAACAGUGUCAGAUUUAAAAUCAUCAUUUAUGAGGGCACGUACAGUUAGAUUCUUUACAGAUGACUUGGAACCAAUUUCAAUCGAUAAUGAUAGCAGAAACCAACAAAUGAUGAAUGAAGAGGGUAAAGAAGACGGAUUUGAAAUUUCAAUGUGCGAGUGGAAAAAAUUAUAUUUUGAACUUGGUUCUAUCAAAUUAUAUGGAUCAUAUGACCUAGUAGAAAGUGGAAUCGAAUCAUCUUCGUGUGAUAGUUCAGGUCAAACAAUUCAUAAUACAUUGGCUAAUAAUAAUUCAUUCUGGAGUUCAAAGGGUACACCAAGUGCACACGAUUCAGAGUUUUUAGUUUACAAAUUAGAACAACCCAUUUGUAUUGUAUCUUCGGUUAAAAUGUUAGCAUACAAAGCAUCAUUCCAAUCAGGGUUCCCAAUUUAUGCGCCAAUGGGUGUUGUUAUUUCUGUUGGUUUUACACCGGAUCACUUCCAUUAUAGAUCACAAUUAUUUGGUUGCAAACACACCGAUAAACCACAAACUUUCAAACUAGAACCAGAGUUAGUAUUGGGCGGCUAUAUUAGAGUUGAGUUGGUUGGUAAAUAUCAAACCCAAUUUAAUGAUAAACUUUUUUAUCAUGCAAUCAACCAAAUUUGUGUUGAGGGUGUUUCUAUUGGGUCAUUAGACUAUAAGCCAUCACUCUCUUUAUCAAUGUUACAGUUUUAUUCAAAGUUCAAAGACCCAUCAGCUUUAGUUCAUUAUUCAACCAACAAUAUUAAUCAAACACCAAGCAUUGAUAGUUCAGUCAUUCUAACAGUUGACAACGAAGAUGGAACAGGUAAUGGCUUCACUUAUCAUCAAAUACUUUCAAAGCUACGUAGUUAUAUGGCACCAAAGUUGGAUGUAGAGCGUAUUAAGAACCACAAUUUAUACACAAUUGUUCAAGAUGUUGUUGAGGGUCGUUACCAGGAAGCAGUUGAUAAUGUAUUUAAAAAUGACCUAAGAGGUGAAAGGGUUUUUAAUAUUUUCACCCAAACAACCGAUAACAAAGCAAUAUCAACUUAUUAUUCAGCAUUGAUAGAAAGUCUUAAAAAGUUUUCAACUGAAGAAACAAUGUUUUUAGCAAGGGAAGCUUUCUAUGAUGGGAAUGUUAAUAUUUUCACUCGUUUAUUGUUGUCUGGUCGUUUUAGACCUUCUUUAGAGUUGGGCGAAUUUAUUUUAAUGAAUGGCUAUCCAUUAAUUGCAGCAGAGGUUUUUAGCCAAUGUCAGAUUUUGGAUAGAACUAUCCAAUGCUUAUAUAUUGCUGGUUGUCACGAAGAGGCAUUACUUUACACAAGAAAUUAUUCAGCUGACUAUCCAUUAGAUUUGGUACAUUUUAUUAAAUUAAAUGAACAAGUUACAGAUGAUUUAAAUAAUUUUAAUGAUGGAGAUAAUAAUCUCCAUGAAGGUAUUGUAGUUGAAGCAGAUAGAGUUGGUAGUAUUUUCGGUAUAGAAAUUCAAGAUCCAAAUGAUACAGCUACACUAAUUACAGAAUUAAAGAAAUUAAAAGCAACUCUUAAUAAUGUUAAACCAAUAAGAAAAUAUUCUACUCACUCUAGAUUAUCCGAAUUUUUUAAUCGAUUCACUCAAAUAAGUAUUCCAAGUAUGGUACCAAAUUAA